UUGUCGGCGUCGCCUCAUGCCUCAUGAAUAUGUAGCUGACGAUUUGCGUAAAGAGGUCGGGCGACUUUCAUGUUGCGCGUACGCAUGUACGUGUAUAUAUAUACAGAUUAUCCGUAGCUGCGCAGCUGGGAGACAUUUCUGCAUAAAUGAGACGCGUCGUGGCGUCUCCGCCGUCUUGCGCUGUUUGACAGGCGCGCGAGAGACGUUUCACCGACGGGGACCGACUCGAUGUCCGGCGGCGGAGUGAGUGCGCGCGCCGUUCAGAUGGCGGGCUGCUGCUGCUGCUGUGUCCGUCUCUAGUCGGAGUAAACAGGCUUAAGACGGGGCACGACUCGGGCCGAUCACCGCUUUAUCACGGAAGAUGGAAAGCACGAGGCUGGACUCGUGGAAAUCUGGUUUAGAUAACAAGUUGUUGAGUCCCACCGCUGUGGCGCUGAGGACCAGAGUCGGGGUUGAUGAUGAUGGUGGUGGUGGUAGCAUCAUCAUCAGCAGCAGACAGACUCCGCCACGGACAGACCUCCUGAACGGGAACCGGUGCCCGGGGUUCACCAUGAGCAGCAAAGCUGCUGCAAAAACCUCGAAAAGUGUCCGGGGGUUCGCAGGAACCUCCAACUCGUUGCUCCUAAAAAGGCGGCGCCUGAAGCGGAACUUCUCCGCCACGGCCGCUACCGGGAAAAUCACCCCGGUCUCGGUACCGCCUUCGUCCUCCACGCUGGACCGCAAGACCCUGCUGAAGCGACGCCAGAACGCGCAGCUCCAACCAACCGACCGUCAGUGGAUCCGAGCCGAUCUGCACCGUGGUUCCGUUCACGUCCACGACAAGCUCGCGCCUUCUAGUCCGCCCAGGCCUGUCCUGUGCACCCUGGAGACCACGGCGUCCGAGAUCGCCAUCCGGCUGAGCCAGCUGGGCGGGAAAACCGCCUCCGUGGUGCGCAUCGGAACCAGGCUUCACCCGACCACCGACGUUAACGGGAACUGUCACAGCCGACAGGACGUCGUUGGCGAUAUCGGGUCAGAACCGAGCGACAGGUUGAGACUCUUACUGCUCCAGACGGUUCCUGAUCCAGGGCUUUUUACGCCACGUUCAGACUCCGAUGUACUGGAUAACGACUCGCGGACGCCAAACGAUGAUGAUGACGACGACGACGAUGACGAGUGCGCAGGCGGCUGUGGUCGGAACUCCGUCUCGGAUGACGAGCUCAGCUCGAAACUCGGCGAGCACCGGGACUCCCUGAGCGACGACAUGGUGUUAGGGACGGACGCGUCUGCGCUGAGUCCGGCGUUUGACAGCGCCACCGAGGGUCUCGAUACGUACGGCAGCUCCUCGGACGAACUCGAACUCGAAGGACCUCCGAGCAGCACCGCUGAACCAGAACUGGAUAACUUCCCUAACGACGUUAAGGACCAACCCGAGCAAAUGAGCCUGGCCUCGGAUUCCGUAUCAAAGCUGGGUGACGAUCCUGACCCUCCAGCGUCCCCGGCAUCCCGGUCCCUGGUCGGGUCUGCAUCCGAGCACGACGCAUCUCCGGCGCUGUACGUGCAGCUGCAUGGCGAGGCGGCGCGACGGCUCGGCCCGGACGAACGACCUCUGCAGCUCCAGAACGACUUCCUGUUCAAGCUCGGCUUUAAGGAUCCGUGGCGCGUCCAGGAGGAAGGCAUGAACACGGAGUUAGGGUCCCUACUACGCUUCUACGCAGGGAAGCCGUACAACGUGGCAAGCUCGGAGCGCGUGCAGCUCUCUGGGACGUACAACGUACGCAAAGGCAAACUGCAACUACCCGUGAACCGCUGGAGCCGCCGGCACGUCAUCCUGUGUGGCACGUGCCUGAUGGUGUCAUCGAUUAAAGCCAGCCAUGCAGGCAAAAUGCACAUUCUGCCCCUGAUCGGGGGAAAGGUAGAGGAGGUGAAGAAACACAGCCACUGCUUGGCCUUCAGCUCAGCCGGGCCUCAGAGUCAGACCUACUACAUCAGCUUCGACAGCUUCACAGAGCACCUGCGCUGGCACCGUCAUGCUGCCAAGAUGGUGUCUCAGAGGAUCAGUUCGGUGGAUCUGUCGUGCUGUAGUUUGGAGAAACUUCCUCCUAACCUACUCUACAGCCACGACCUCACUCACCUCAACCUAAAACACAACUUCCUCCCCGCAGACAACUCGCUGCAGCAGCUCCAGAGGUUCUCUCGGUUGCGGAGUCUGAACCUGUCCAAUAACCAGUUGGGAACGUUCCCCCUGGCGCUGACCUCCAUCUCCACCCUCACUGAGCUCAACCUCAGCUGCAACUGCAUCAGCAGCCUCCACCCCAGUGUGGGCAACAUGCACAACCUGCAGACGUUGCUGUUGGACGGGAACAUGUUGACGUCGUUGCCAGUGGAGUUGGGCUCCCUGCAGCGCCUCUGCUACCUCGGCCUCUCUUUCAAUGAGUUCAGCGGCGUUCCGGCCGUACUGGAGAGACUGAGCGCCGUCGAGCGCCUCUGCAUGGCCGGGAACAGAGUGGAGCAGCUCGCGCUGCAGACUUUCCGCCUGCUCACCAUCAAAUACGUCGACCUGAGACUGAACCGGAUUUCCAGCGUGGUGCCGGACGAGCCGGACUUCCUGCGUCACGUGACCCAGUUGGACGUACGGGAUAAUCGUCUGAGCGAGCUAGACGCCUCGCUGUUUCCUCGUCUGGAGGUGUUGCACUGCCAGAGAAACCGCAUUACAAGGCUCCGGCUCCGGGGCAGCACGCUCAAAGCCCUGUACGCCUCCAACAACGAAAUUCGGGACCUCGAAGCGAGUCCAAUCGCUUCCAAUCUCACCUACAUGGACAUUUCAAGGAAUUGUCUGGAGGUGUUACCAGCGUGGCUCAGUGACAGCAAGAAGCUGGAAGUGUUGGACGUCAGUCAUAAUUACAUCAGAGAGUUGCCCCAGUGGUUGUUCUGCAGUAGCAGUCUGAGGAAGGUCCUGGCAGGUCAUAACCGUCUGCAGCGUCUGCCUGAGCGAGUAGAGAAGCCCGUGGUCGAGGUUUUAGACGUCCAACACAACCAGCUAGUCGAGCUGCCAUGUAACCUCUUCCUUAAAUCCACCAGUUUGAGGUGCCUGAAUGCCUCGGCCAAUAAGCUCGAGAGUCUGCCGCCCUCCAGCCUAUCAGACGAGAGCAACAGCAUCCUGCAGGAGCUCUACCUGACCAACAACCACCUGACUGACAAGUGUGUGCCCCUGCUCACCGGACACACACACCUGAGAGUCCUGCACAUGGCCUAUAAUCACCUGCAGACCUUCCCUGCCAGUAAAAUGGCGAAGCUGGAGGAGCUGGAGGAAGUGGACCUGAGCGGGAACAGACUGAAGGCCGUGCCCACGACCAUCCUGAACUGCAGGCGCAUGCACACACUCAUCGCCCACUCCAACACCAUCGAGGUUUUCCCUGAGGUCAUGCAGCUCAUGGACAUGAAGUGUGUCGAUCUGAGCUGUAACGAGUUGGUGGAGAUCACGCUGCCUGAGAACCUGCCUCCAAAACUGCAGGAGUUGGAUCUGACAGGGAACCCACGCCUCAACCUGGACCACAAAACCCUGGAACAGCUCAACAACAUCCGGUGUUUUCGGAUCGACCCGCCCCCUACUUCGUUCUCAGCCAAUGAGGCUGCGGGUGGGCCGGCCGUCUGGAGUCACGGAUACACCGAGGCGUCUGGAGUCAAGAACAAACUGUGUGUAGCAGCUCUGUCAGUGAGCAGUUUCUGCGGCAGUAGAGAAGCUCUGUACGGGGUGUUUGACGGAGACAGGAACGUUGAGGUGCCGUAUCUCCUGCAGUGCACCAUGAAUGAUAUUCUGGCUGAGGAGCUGCACAGAACCAAGAGCGAAGAGGAUUACAUGACCAACACCUUCCUCGUCAUGCAGAGGAAGCUGGGUACGGCUGGGCAGAAGUUAGGUGGUUCGGCUGUUCUCUGUCACAUCCGGCACGACCCAACGGACCCAGCGGGCUGCUUCACGCUCACUGCUGCCAAUGUGGGAAAGUGUCAGGCAGUGUUAUGUCGCGAUGGUAAAGCCCUGCCGCUGUCACUGCUGCACAACAUCGGCCUGGAGGAGGAGUACAGCCGCAUACGGCAACACAAAGCCAUCAUCACUGAGGAUAACAAAGUGAAUGGCGUGACUGACUCCACACGGAUCAUGGGCUACUCCUUCUUGUACCCAGCUGUGCUGCCGCGACCGUAUGUUCACACACUCCCGCUAACACCACGUGACGAGUUCUUCAUCUUGGGCAGCCGUGGCUUGUUCGAGGCAUUGGAGCCUGCUGAGGCUGUGGAGGCUGUGCGCAAGGUUCCAGAUCCGCUUGCUGCUGCCAAGAAACUGUGCACUCUUGCUCAGGCGUACGGUUGUACCGAGAGCCUGAGUGCUGUGGUGGUGCAGCUAAACGUGACUGAGGACUGCUGCUGCUGCUGCUGUUGCUCGUCCUCUAAUGGUCUCCACGCAACCCCACAGCCACCUCCUAGCCCCGGUCCUGGGACGGGCCUCUAUCCACCCUCGGCUGGCGUACCGCCUUCUUCGUGCAGCGAGAUCAGCUCGGAGGUCAGCGCCUCGGAGAUGAGCUCGGAAGUCGGGUCCACCGCUUCCUCAGACGAGCCUCCGAUCCUGCUCCAGGAGGUGCACCUUCACCCCCACCAACCUCCCAACCCAAACCCACGUCUGCUCUCCUGCUGCUCUCUUCACCCAGCACAGACUCCAUCUGCCAUCAUGGCCGCCAGUUCCAGCUCCUUUCAACGUCAGUUAUCGAGCGCUACGUUCUCCAGCGCCCUCUCCGAUAACGGCCUGGACAGCGAGGACGAAGAGCCCAUCGCCGGCGUCUUUUCCAACGGUAGCCGGCUCGAAGUGGAGGCCGACGUCCACUGCUUGCGCCUCCUGGCACCUCCACCUCCCCCUCCUCCGUGCACCCCUGAAAUUCCAGAUGACGUGGUACCUCCAGAACAAGAAACGGCGUCGGUCACUAGCGAGCCCGAGAAAGAAGGGAAGCAAAGCGAGAAACCAGGGAAUAACCCAACCUCCGAAGCAUGGAACAAAACCCUGUCACGCAGGAGAGGCAACGGCUCCGUGGCUCCCCACGAGACGAGCCACAACCUGAUCGAAGUAGCAGCUGAGGCACCAUCUAAAAAGUCCGGUGGGUAUUUCACAGCCCCGGCGAUGCCCGACCCCGACGACCAGCUCAUCAUUCCACCCGAGCUAGAGGAGGAAGUGAAGGAGAUAAUGAAGCAGCAUCAGCAGGAGCAACAGAAGCCCAGUAAGAAUGACCAACCUGUUGAUUACUACGACACGCCGCUGUGAUAGCACAGCAUGGUUUCCCAAUCCCAGGCUUGGAGUACCUCUGCACUGAACAGUUCAGUGUUUUCCUUGCUGAUUGCAUGGAGUGUGGAAAUGUUUGCAGAUUACCUGAGCCAGGCGUUAAUUGGGAAAACAUUACAACUGUUAAGGUAUUUCAUAGGACUGGGACUGGAAAGCUCUGCUGUAUUUGCCACAGUGUCCACAAGUAUUUGUUCCUGGCCUGGAGAAAAACACCUUGAUUUCACUAAUAAGCAAAGAGUCGUUAGAAUGAGUGAAAUUGGCCGUACUUGUCUAUCAACUAUUUGCACUGUAGCUUGAAGUUUAUCUGCUUCACGAACAACACAUCUAUUUAUCCAUCCAUUAUCUGUAGCCGCUUAUCCUGUCCUACAGGGUCGCAGGCAAGCUGGAGCCCAUCCCAACUGAGUAUGGGCGAGAGGCAGGGUACACCCUGGACAAGUCGCCAGGUCAUCGCAGGGCCGACACAUAGAGACAGACACCCAAGUUAUUUCCGGUCAACGAUAUCGUUGCCUUUGUAGGUAUUAUUGUUUUUGUAAAUAGGGAGUAAACCGUUUUACGUUUGCGUACAGAUUUGCGUUAUUUAGGUCACGAAAUCUCGUAGCCACAAGAUACCAAAGUCAUGGCCAAGAAUUGUGUAACCUGUGCAACAGUAGGCCAUGACUUAAUAUGCUGUGGAAUGAUGUAUUUAAUUAGUGGCCUCCGGUUAAUUGUCUUUGAGAAUUGCCUUAAUUUUUUCCACGGGCUUAUUGUGGAUCCAUGUUGUGACUCCACUGAAAAGCAAAGCGCAUCGUUAUCAGUCCUCUUGCGUAGGUUCCUGUGGCCACAAUAGUGUUAUUCUUCUGUCCCGUUCAUUUUAAAAUACAGUAGCUGUCAAUACUUAAAAAUUAUUCAGCGAGCCUGAGGCGGAUAAUUGUUUUAGUAUAAAUACACAGGUGAUUAUUUUAAAAAAAUAAUUUCAAAUUCAAAAGCGGCAUCCAAGUGUAAUAACGGCACGGUGCAAACUUGUCACUUUGUUUUGAAAUCGAUAAAAUAAAUCACAACUCCACUUUCCCUUUGAAUAGUUUUAGACCAAACUUCGUAGCGUCUUUAGUGCUUCCAGUGGCUAAGCAAUCGGCCGCCAUUUUGCCGAGUCGCUCAAAGUGAUUAUCAAGAAAUAGUCCGAAUUUCUCGACCAAUCAGCAUGCGAAUUCCUAUAAUCACCUGGAUAUUUCUACUAAAAUUGGUUGUGCUUUGUAGCUACUAAAUAUUUAAGUUAUUCCACUAAAUCGAGUCGUACAUGAGCUGAUAGCCGACGAGGCGCAUAGCACCGAGUUGUCGAUCACCCGUGUACGACCUGAUUGAGUGGAAUAACUGUUUUUAUUCUAUCCACAGUCACUGGAUUUUGAGAAACAGAGCUUAGUCGGACUUCUUAAAAACCUAUCGAUGGCUGCACGACUUGACUUCGGCGGUGUUGUUUUGUACAAACUGCCGUCUUGCUGCCGCGCCGAGGAAUGGAGUUUAGGCUUUUGACGUUUAUUUAGUUCUGUAAUUUUCAAACUUCUUUGAGAUUUUGAACCGGUCUAAAAAAAGACAGAAGCAAUUUGUGAAAAAUGCGAUGAUAAUUCUUGAAAAAAAUUUUUUUAAGAAUGUACGUUUUUACCGUCAAAUACUUUUCAUUUUGUUUUUUGUAUUUUUUUUCAACGAAAGUUUUUAUUUCGUCCUCGGUUGGUUCAGCAGCACGCGCCGCCGUUUUGUUGUUCUCUCCUCACGGUAUAUGAGCUGAUAUCGUAGCAGUAGAGUAGGCAAUCGGAGCGCGCGAUCGCUCAUAUCCAGUGGCUAGAAUAAAUCCUCGUGUGUUUUUAAGAUAUAUUUAACUCGCAUCACUGAGAAAUCGAACUGAUGGCCUGAGUAUGUUGAUUCUUAGCCACCUUAUUAAAAUGAAAAUAUAAUAAAGAGGCUGUCUGCAGAUCAGUCACGAUUUGAUUAAACAGCCAAACGAUUACAGGAAGCUUGAUAUUCUGACCAGUAUGUGCAAACCCGACCACAACGGAACAAGAAACGAUUAAUGGUGUUAAGUUACCAGGAAGUAAACGUGUUGUUCGGAAGCAGAUAAACGUCGCGCGACAUCGUGAAAGUAAUCUGUAGACAUGGCAGCUCUCGAUAGAUUUAAUUUAAGCGCCAUUUUAGACAACACACACACCCAUGCGAUGGUGUAGUGUUGAGCAUUAUCGCAUCCACAGUGCACAAAUCCAUUUCCUGCAGUCCAAACCAACAGGAGCCCCUUUCCUCGCGAGCCAACCAAUAAGACGUCACGUCAGAGAAUCCCUUUAAGAGACUCCAGUCCCGACUUGCACACUACUGUGCCCUGCCCCCUUUAAGAGGCUCGAAUCAGCUGACUACUGACCUACUGACUGUUUGUUUAUUUACAUUGAGAAGUGACCGUAUCUAUAUAGAGUUCAACACUAGUCUUGCGAAGUUAUAACGCAUUACCGCUCAACAAAAUUGUGGACUUGGUUAUUUCUUUUUCUCUUUUUUUUUUUUUUUUUACACUUACCAUAUCUUUUAUAUGACGCAACACUGCAAAAGACUUUGACGAGGAAUGAAAAGGGGGCGGGAAAAAAAAACCCCGAAAGGCAAAGCGCAGAAUCGUUGAUGUGUAGUGCACACCGGUAAUACCACACUUACCUGUUGUAGAUAGGGCACUUACAGUAUGCAAGACUGUGUAUUUCUUCACUAAAUAAAUCAAGGCUUCGCGCCUGUAAAACUAGAAAUUUAGUAGAAAUUGGAAAAGACUAACUCCUAGGAGUUGCUUACUCUUUUAUGGUGACCUAGUCACUUUUUUUACUAAUCUUCUCUGCGAGAAAUGGUGAUUUGUUGUUUGUUUUUGGGUUUUUUUUGUUCCAAUUAUUGUAAAUAAGAAAUAUUGUAUACGGAUGCUUUUUAAAGGAACUGUGCGUGUGUGUCUAUAAUAAGCUUAUUCCUUCCUUACACAUGAAAGUACACAAAGGUAUUCAGGACGUAAAACAACGACUCUUCAACAAAUGACUGUACAUUACGCUCCGUCUUGUUCGCACUGUCCGGUUAACCGCACACACACAAAUAGCUCAUUCUUCUGUUGUCACCAGCAUGGCCAGUUAAUAUGAUCUGUAAUCAAGCCACACAAAAUGUUCCUGGGUUUUUUUUUGUUUGUUUGUUUUGUUAUAAUAAAUUCUAAAUUUAUCAUGA